GCUAUAAAGCGGCUCGGGACGGACUUGUGGUCGUGCUGAGUGCGGGGCGGAGCGCAGCGCAGCGCUGGAGUGAGGCAGGUGCGGCUAUGGCAGCCGGAGGGACUGUGGGCCUGCUGCUGGUUUCACUGCUGGUAAUGCCUGGAGCCCGAGGAGCAGAGCAUUGUGGAGACGGGGAGUACUUAGCCGAAGAUCACUGCUGUGUAUUUUGUUCAGCAGGUACUUACGUUGCUCAGCACUGCAGAGCUCCGCAUUCGAGAGGAAUAUGUGUCCCUUGCACUGAAGGAGUAGGUUAUACCACCCAUGAGAACGGCUUGGAAGAAUGCUUGUCAUGCAGACAGUGCAAAGAUGAUCAGACAAUUUUGAGACCGUGUACUCCAACACAUGAUACUGAAUGCCAGUGCAAACAAGGGUAUUUCUGCCCUGCCGAGGGCUGUGAAAUAUGUCAUAAAUGCAGUACAAUGUGUCCGGAAGAAAAAAAAUUUGUGCAGACUUGCAAUGCUACUAUGGACCUAGGAUGUGGCUUACCUGAUCAAGGAAGCACAGUUCAUGUUUGGAUUCCUAUUGUGAUAAGUUUGUUUGCUCUUGGAUUUUUGCUCUUCUGUCUACAUAGACAGCUAAAGUGUAAUAAAGCUGCUUCACCUGUUAAAGAUGCAGAGAAAGGUCUGAACUCUGAUAGGAUGCAUUCCUGGAUGCAACAAGCUGAGCCUGAGGGCAGUACUGAAAGCCUUAUUUUACCAGAAGUGGAGGCACCUGCAAACAACACAAUCAACCCAGAGGAUGAGAACCCUGACAGCCCAGAAGACCAAGUGCAAACCAGUGUUAACCUGGAAGUGAAAAACACAUCACCAGAGGAAAAUAGUGUUGUACUCUCUGAGAGGGGCACCAGUCUGUGUGGCAUGAAAUGCCAGGUAGAAAGUUGCUGGAGGAGGUUUGCUGAGUUCUCACGACCAGCAAAAACUGGUCAGAAUCCUGCUUUUCAUCAGAAUGUCCCAUCUAAAGGCCCAAGAGUUAGGAUGCCAGCAAAUCGUAUGAUACAAGAACCACAGUGUCAAAUAAUUGUUAAAGAUCUCUCUCAAAAUGAACUGAGUGAUAGCUUUUUGGUCUUUAUAAAAGAAGUACCACAGAAAAAAUGGAAGCAGUUUAUGAGAAAACAUCUGGAGGAAAAUUCUAUUAAUAAAACUGUUCAUAACUUUCCUAAUGAUAUAGAAGAGCAAUCUUAUCAGAUGCUUCUCCUCUGGAAAAACUCACUGGGGGAGAAACAGUCUAUUAUUAAGCUACUGGAUGAGUUAAGGCAAGUAGAUAACAGGGCUUAUCAUAAUGUAUUGAACACCUUAAAAAGUAAGAAUAUUAUAAGUAAGUUAGAAGCUACAGAUUAAUAUUUGCAGCUAACUUGGAUAAUGUUCUUCCUAACAUACAUAUGUCUACAAACUUCCUUUAAAUGAGGACAUCAACAAACCACUAGGAAAAGCAGUGGCAUGGACUUGAUAACCUCACCUUCACACAGGGAACUGGAAGUGAUUUAACAUUGUCGGUGUUCGCACAGGCUCUGGUUGAGAUGUUCACUAAGGUCUUUUGAGUUGUAUUGUAUUAAACUCAGGCGCCAGAUGCCAGCUUGGGAGUGAGGAGCCUCCGCUCAUGUUUUUUCCCUUUGUGUGAGGCAGAUCCAUGCUUUUUUUGAGACCAGCCAGUGGGAGCAAAGAAGCUGCCACUGUUUUUGAGAAGAUUGCCAUGCUUUGUUUCCGGAACAAUUGUGUUUUGCUUUGUACUGGCAUGUAACUGUUACGUUUGAAGCACAGCAAUAAAAGCCUGGCUGAGCCAGAA